AUGCAGCUAAAGGAGCGCCUUCAGCAGUGGCGAGAACGGGGACUGCAGGGAGCGGAUGUGGACCCACCAGUGCAGAGGCCACGCAGUUUCCGUCCUAGCUGUAUAGUUCCGCGUUUGUACUUGGGCGCGGCAAAAGACGUGCAGGAUGUGCGGACACUACGCAGCCGGCUUCUGCCUGACAAGUUGCUGAUGGUUGUCUCCACUUGCGACCCGUCGGACCCACCGAGGAUGGAGCUUCGCCAGAUUGCGCCCACGAAGGGGACCGCAUACACCGUGAAGCGGUUGGCAGUGUGCUCGUGGGAGGAACUUGAGAAACGCGUUGUAACCUCCUCUUUUUGUUGCAGAUUACCCCGAAAUGAGGUCAUGGUUGCGACGGCCGAAUGGUUGAAAGAGGUCCUCAAAACAAAGUCUUUACCCCCUGUUUCUUUAGAAGAGUGCCGCGACGUGCAGAAAGGAGAAACCGACGGGAAAGUGUCUGAGGUGUUUGAGGAGGGGCUGUACCUUAAGCUCUGCUUGCCCUGGAAGGAUGAAAGUAACUUCACAGUACGGCCGUACUUUGCGGUGGCGACGGCGCUUAUACACGCCACCAUGGAUGGCAUACAAGGUGCUGUCGUGUGCUACUGUAUGGCGGGUAAGUCACGCUCCGCCACACUCACCUGUGCAUUGUUGCUGUACUGCUGCUAUGACAAUGUAGGACGGCCGAAGGACGAGGAAGAAUGCUCAGCUUAUAAGGCAGUGCAGGCAGUCGUUGAGUUUGUGCGGGAGGUACGGCUUUGUGUUAGUCCCAACGAAGGGUUUAUAGAGCAGCUGAGGGACUACGCAAGUGAUUUGUUGGCGGUCUGA